AUGAAAGAAGAGAGCAGGUGCCAUCAGGACGCUGAGAAACACUGCAACCGGAAGAUAGUGCAGAUGCUGAAGACACAACUUGAGUGCAAGCUGAACCAUCUUCAUGGCGAGGCCAUGAGGAUGCAGUCGGGUAGACGUGAGCAUGCCAAACUUACGAAGAACCCGAGCGAGUACGAGAUUCAGGUCUGCAAGAUCAAGCAAGAAGUGGCGGGCAUGAAGAAAAACAAGGUGGCUUUGGUGGCCAAGAAGAAAGAAGAGAGCAGGUGCCAUCAGGAGGCUGAGAAUCGGUGCAUCCGCAAGACAGCACAGAUGCUCAAGGGCUCAGAACCGCACAAAGGAAACAGUCUUGAAGCAGCGCCACGAGGAGAUGGCCACUAUUCGCAGACAGACAUUAAGUGCAAGCUGAACCAUCUUCAAGGCAAGCCCAAAAAGAUGCAGUCAACCAGACGUGAACAUGCCAAGCUUACGAAGAACCCGAGCAAGUACAAGAUACAUUUCCGCCAGCUCAAGCAAGAAGUGGCGGGAAUGAAGAAAAACAAGGUGACUUUGGCGGCCAAGAUGAAAGAAGAGAGCAGUCGCCAUGAAGAGGCUGAGAAGUGA